AUGUCUCAACGUGCAAGGCAAAAUAGUACAACGUUGAUGUCCCAACCACCAAUAUCUAACUCUGAAAGUCCACCAUCAAAUACUCUCCCACAGUCCAGCCGAAAUAGUGAUUCGGAGCAAACUAUAUCAGCCUUACCAAAUGAUGUUCCAUCACCUCCAACUUCACCAAGCAACAGGCCCAUAGUACGCCCCAUUGGGAAUAAUUUGUUUGAGCCAUGGCGUGCGAAUAAAGUUAUCGAUUAUGUAACUAAAAUAUUUCCAGAUGCUAUAAAAUCAUACAAUGAUGCUCCUACACAUAUGAAGGACGUAUGGUUUAAUGAAUUCAGGAAAAAGUAUAAGUGGAAUCCAGAAGAUGAGGCAGUAAUUCAGAGUAUAUUCCACAAAAAGGCUGCUAGAAGAUUAUCUGACACGUUGGGGCAGGUUCGCAUCAAUUUGGCAAGAGGCCAUGCACCACCAAAUUGGAUGAAUGAUCAGGUUUUGGCCCAAUACCGCAGCAUUUGGAAUACAGAGGAGUUUAAGAAGACUGCUGCGAAGAACAAAAGAAAUAGAAAUUCAGAUUGCGGGGGAUUGGGACCAUCACUGCACACUGCAGGUUCAAUCUCCAUUUCUGAGCAUAGGAGAAGAAUAGUAAGUCAUUUACUACUAUUUAAAUACAAUUUAUAG